AUGAAGCAUUCCGAGAUCAGUGAUCCAUUGUUGAAAUUCAACAUCGGGAAUGUGCCUCCUAAUCCUUUGCUUGAUAGACGCAGAAGUAGUGGCAGUAUUCCAGUGUUUUCUAACAAUGAAGGACAACAUAAUUUAUUCAAAGGGGAAGAAUCAGCUCGGCAUCAAUCAUUUGGUGCUCAACCAAAAAAUAUUUCAAAUAUAAGAUUCUCACAAGAAAUUCCGUCUUAUACAAUGCAAAAUAAUCCAAUUGGAAAUACUUUUAAUGUUCCCCAACAAAGUGUGAUGUUAAUGCCUGAUAAAGAACAUCAGAAGCAAAAGAAGAAAGAAAGUGCUGGAUUUGGAAUUGAAGAAAAACCUAUUCAUGAAUGUGAUGCUUGUGGAAAACGUCUUUGUUCGUCUCGAAGUCUUAAACGUCACAAAAGUACAUGUAAAAGAGUUAAAGCUGUAACUGAACAAUUACAAGGCGAUUUUGGUUCGCCCCCUCCACCGAAACCUGAAAAUAUUUUAGAAAAUAAAGUAAAGGACCAACAAAAUGUUCAAAAACAAAUACGUAAAAUUAGCGGUGCAAAUCAAAUCUCCAAUGACAAUAAAAAUAAUGAAAAAGUUAAUUUAACUCAACCUGUUCUUCGUCAAUCUUCAUCAGAAUCUAUUAAUUCACAAUCUUUUGUUUUAUCUCAACCUUCUUUAGCUUCAAAUAAUUCUUCGCCAAUAAAAUUUUGUACUAAUUCUGAUUCUCAAAAUUGUGGAGGACUUUCUUCUCCUCCUUUGGUUAUUCAACAACAACAACAAUUUUAUUCAAGACAACCUUCUUAUUCUUCUGCUCAAAUUCAGGUGCUAAAACAAGAAAAUGAUUCGAAAAAAGAUAUGGAAAUACCUUUUAAAUUAACGCCAGUUACGGCUGUGGACGAGCCAAACAAGGUUUCGGAUGUUGUCGAUUCUGUUGUUGCAAAAUUACGUUCACAAAAUAGUGGAAUCUCUGGCCGUAUACCAACAAAUUGCAAUACAAAUACUUGCAAUAUUUCAACAAAUAAUUCUCAACAGCAACAAUUUUUGCCUCCUCCACAGCAUUUUAAUGUUCCAAUUGAAUGGAAUGAAACAAAUAUGCCUAUACAACAAUUUUGUGAAUCACAACAAUUAGCAGCACCUACUAUGCUUUAUUAUACCCCUGUUUCUCAUCAACAACAACAACAGCAUUUACAACAAAGACAGCAACAAUUUAGUGGUGAUAUAAACAAUCAACAUGGAAUUGUGCCAAAUCAAAUCGAACAAACAAAAUGUCCACAAUCAAAACCUUUAAUGCCACCAAUUCAACAACAACAUUCUUGGCAACCAAUGAAUCCUCCAAAUCUUCAAAUAUCACAACAACCUCAACCUAUUCUUGCAGCACAAAGAAAUAAUAGUACUGAAAAUACUAAUUUAUUGCCAACAAUGUUAAAUGAAAGUUCAACUACUAAUACAAUGAAUGAAAGAGCAGAAAAAUUUCCUUGUCAAUAUAAUAAUAAUGAACAAAUAAAAAAGCAGCAAGAGGGACAGAAUAAUUCUGGAAAUGUUAAAAAUGUUUUGACAGAAUGCCAAACAGAAAAACUUCCAAACUCGAUGGGAAUUAAAUCAACAAUUUUAUCUUCUCCAACUCAACAACAACCUCCCCAACGUGCGGAUAUUGGGAAUACUUCUAAAAAUGUUUAUCGAUAUUUAUGCCCAGAAUGUGAUAAACCAUAUUCUUGCCGUAAAAAUGUUAAACGUCAUCGAAUCUCUCAGCAUAAAGUUCCAGCCCAAGAAGCUCAGGAUGGGCAAAUUAAAAGAAUUCGUUUAACUGAAGCAGAUUUACAAAAAGAUGGAAAUAAAUCAAAACAAGCAAAUAACAAACCAAAAGAGAUAAAAAAGGAAGAAAUUGGAAAAGAACAACAAAAUAAAUUAAAAGAGAAGGAAUUGUCUAGUGAUGGAAUGUCUCGUCAAAAUAGCACUACUUCAUUAACUUCCCCUACUCGUCCACAUAUAUUACAAUCACCUGAACAUCAACAAAAUCAGCAACAACCUUUUGUAGCACCAUUACAAAAACAACAACAAAUAUUUCAAAAACAACCUCCAAUGCAAAUUAUUCGAGACGAAAAACAAUAUCAAACACAACAAAGACAUCCUUAUUAUUUGCCAUAUCCUCCAAUAAAUCAAUCUCAACAAGAACAACGUUUUGUAGGUCAACAACUUUUAGAUGAACAACAACAACAAACAUUUUAUGAAAUUCCCCAACAUCAACAACAAUAUAUUCAACACCAACAUCAAUAUAAUUAUCAACAACAACAACAAAAUUUAUUAUAUUUAGAUUCUCAACAACAAAAUAAAAAAUAUCAACAACAACAACAAUAUUAUAGUUCACAAAUGAUUAGUUAUCCACCACCUCCUCCACCACCACCACAAGCAUUUCAACAACAGCAACCACAACAAAAAAUUAUUAUGGUUCAACAACAACAGCAACCUGGCCCUUCACAUUCCAAUAAUAAUAAUCGUUUAAAUACUUUUUAUUCACAAAAUAAUUAUCCACAACAAUAUACAACAAUAAUUAAUAAUCAAAAUAAUGAAUAUCCAAUAACAUAUCAAGAAGGUUAUUAUCAACAACAACAACAAAUUGAACAACAACGUCAAUUUGUUACAUAUAACAAUAAUUCUUUUGCAGAGACUUUAGAUUGUUGGGAACAAAUUAAAUCAGAUGUUGAUACUGGGCCUGCAGCUGUUGUUGAUGCUGAUGCGGUUGAAAUGGCCCGAAUAGUAGAAGAUUUAAAACGGACGGAAGAAGUUACAGAGAAACGUCAACAAGUAAGAAUUGUUCAACAACAACAAACAAUUAAAAGACAACAAAAACAACAAAAUUUACAAUUUCGCCAGUUAGACACUGGAAUGAUUGUUGGUUCUGAAAGUGUUAUAAAUGCUGAUAAUUCUUCAGAAAUGUUCCAACAAAAUCCGAAUAUUCAAAGAAAAGCUGUUGAAUUAGCCGAAGCUGAUACAACUUUUUCUCCACCUUCUCAACCAGAUGAUUCUUUAAGUAGACAAAUUUCACAUCAAUCUCAUCAGGAUGUUGGCACUCAACAAUACCAACAAAAAAUGAUUCCACUUAAUCAUCAUCAUCAAAUACAACAAUCUUCAACUACUUAUCAUCCUCAACCUUUACUAAGCGCUUCACACUCUACUGGACAACAACAAAUUUUUCGUUUUGACGUUGCAAGUGUUAAUAGAGCACCUAAAGAAUUAAAUUCUGUUGAACAUGAAAAAUUUCAACAAAUUGAGUGGAAUUAUCAAGGCGGAAUAAAUGUUAUACCUUCACAAAAUAAAUACCUCCCCCAACCACCACCAACACAACAACAACAAACAAUUCAACAAACACCUUCAUUUUCAACAAAUAUUUCUCAAGAAAAUAAUUUAAUAAUAAAUAAAUUGCCAACAACAACACAAAAAUUAACAAAAGGAGAAUCUCUUCCAAAAAAUAAAACAACAAAAGCAACACAACAAUCAACUGGAACUUUUGUAUGUCCAGCAUGCACAAAAGCUUAUUCUACCGAUUAUUCACUUAAACGACACAGAAAUGUUUGUCCAGUAUUAAAUGUUGGAAAAGAAUUGGGAAAAGGAAGGGGAAAUUCAACACGUAAAAGAAAAAAUACUAAUUCAAAUAAUAUACCAACUAGUUCAACAAAUAAUAUGGAAACAGUUAAAUCUUUGGAAAAAGUUGUUGGUGAAACAAGAAUGGAUGAACCUCAUCAGAUUGAUCCGGACAGCACAAUGUAAGGAUGGUGUGCGGACAUAUCGGGAUUGUGGUGACAAAAAUAAUCAUUUGCGUGUUUACGUUUAUUCUAAAACAUAAAAACUCUAUUCCGGACAUAUACUAUCCAAGACACAGUGGGUAGAUCCCGAAAUCAGUAGGGUAAUUGUUCGUACAUUGAAAUAUCCCGAUAUGCCGCGUGCCGUAAGGAUAAGUUGAAAAAAUUGAGGAGUAGGAAGCUUAAAAAGAAUAAAAUUUAAAUUCUGGUUAGACAAUUGUAAAAUAUUAAAUUUC